AAACGUUGAAAAGGCAAUCAUAUCUAAAGCGUAAUUAUAUUCGAAACUGCCAUACAGUCAGAUACUGUAGAUCAUGAAAGAGGUGAAAGAUUUAUACCGAUAACCGCUACAUUCAUCUUCUUUUUUUAGGGCUGUGACAUUGUGAUUUUCAUGUGACAAGUAUUACGUCGAUGACUCUAUUUUUUUCUAUAUUUUGUUUGAUGUUCAUAUUUACAAUAUUAUGAGGUCUGAAAAUAACUAAAGAAGUUUUAAAACCGUUGACAGUAUUUUUUAUGCAUUUGUGAUAUUUGUGGUUUAGUGGUUAAAAGAUAUUUGAACUCAUAAACAUAAAGCAAUUGCUCAUUUUUCUAUCUAAUACGUAAACUGUAAUCAGUAGGAUGAAAAAAGGCCAAUUGCUAGAAGAACUGAAUCACGAAGAAGCAAAGCAAUAUGUUGGUGGAAUUAUAUUUGUUACAAUUAUCAUGAUCAUCGGAAUAAUCGGUAACCUGCACGUGCUCUUUGUCUAUACAUUCCGAAUGAAACCUUCAAAUCAUCGAAUAUUUAUCUUAUCGUUGGCUGUGUUAGAUAUGAUAACUUGUACCGUCGGUAUGCCUUUCAUUAUUGUUGAUCUUAGAAAUCCGUUGACAUUCACGAUGAUAUCAGCCUGCAAAGUCCUACGAUUCGUCAACUAUUUCAUCUGUAUAUCAUCAGCCUUGAUCUUAACAAUCAUUGCCAUAGACAGAUAUAGAAAGAUAUGUGUUCCUCUUGGAAAGCAGAUUUCAAGGCGAAUAGCGAAAAUAUUGAUCUUGGUUUGUCUUGGUAUAUCCAUGGUUCUAUCCUGGCCAGCGCCAGCACUGUAUGGACAUAGUUCUAUUAACACUACGAACCCAAACAUUACGGGAGUCCGAUGCUUUACUGAAGAUAAAUUCAAGAACACUAAGUUCCAAGCUUAUUUCAACGCAGUUUUGAUUUUAGUUGUAUUUGGGGUCUUUGGUAUACUACUAGUGAUGUACAGUCUUAUUGGAAGGGUUAUAUCUAAACAUACGACAUUUAAAAGUUCAGUUCCAGGUGGAACAAGUUCAGAUACUUCCAAAAGUAAAAUAACAGUUUCAACAGAUGCAAGUUCUGAAGACAAGCCUUCUGGUUUUAAAGGAGAAAAUAUGUUGAAAAACAUAAAAACAGUCUGUUCAAAGGAAAAAGUAAUAAUAGACAUUCCAAUGGCUUCAACAGAUUCUUCAUCUAGUGCCGGCACAAAACAUAAACUUAAAGCGAAGAAACAUGAGAAGUCUAAGUUUGAUAGAGCUAAACGAACAACUUUUAUGUUUUUUCUCAUCACUGCAUUUUUCUUUAUAAGUUAUUUCCCUCAUUUAACUCUUAAGAUAUUAGCAUUUGUUAAAACAGGAUUUGUGUCUAAUAUGUCAUUCAGUGGGAAAAUACUUUACAAUACAUUCGUUUGGUGCUUUUUCAUCAACAACAUGUCAAAUUGUUUUGUUUACGGAUUUUGUGACACCCGAUUUAGAACAGAGGUGAAGAAAAUAUACAACACACUUUUUUGCCGAAAGAGAUGAAACAAAUCAGACGCUGAUAUUGAAUAAUCUUUUGCGUCCUAUUAAAUUCUUUGAAAAUC